GGCCCCGCGCCCGCCAAUGGGCGACAGGGGGCGGGGCUCCUCCCGCCGGGCCGGCGCGGCUCAAUGGGGCGCUGCGGGGAGCUCGGCCCAGCAUAUGUUUUGCAGAGCACCCUGGCUCGUGAAGCGUUACCCAGUUAAACCGGAAUCAAACCAGGACAACACCAGCCCCUCCUGGUCCUAAAAAGGGCUCGCCUGCUGACUCUGCCCUCUUGGGAAGGAUGGGAAAGGGCUACAAGGUGGUGGUUUGUGGAAUGGCCUCGGUGGGAAAGACUGCGAUCUUGGAGCAGCUUCUCUAUGGAAAGCAUACUGUUGGCUUAGAAGAGGGUGCCACAAUGGAAGAUGUGUAUUUGGCGUCAGUGGAGACAGACCGUGGCGUGAAGGAACAGUUACGGCUUUAUGACACCAGGGGUCUGCAGGAGGGCGUAGAAUUGCCAAAACACUAUUUCUCUGUGGUUGAUGGCUUCGUUCUCGUGUAUGCCGUGACCAGCCUCGAAGCUUUCCAAAGAGUCGAACUACUCAAAAAGGAGAUCGAUGUCUUUAGAGACAAAAAGGAGGUAACAGUUAUUGUCUUGGGAAACAAAACUGACCUCCUGGACCAAAGGCAAGUGGAAACAGAAGCAGCACAGCAAUGGGCAAGGGCCGAGAAAGUGAGACUGUGGGAAGUGACUGUGACAGAUCGGAAAACACUGCUUGAGCCCUUUACCUUCUUAGCUAGCAAACUCUCCCAGUCCCAGAACAAAUCAACAUUUCCCUUGCCUGGAAGGAAGAGCAAAGGGAAUAACUGUGAUAACUAAGCUACCUUAGCAUUGUCUGCUGCUGCCAGGUCACAGCCUAAGUCUUUUUUGUGCCAUUUGCUUCUCACAGUUUCACAUAGAGCAAUAAUCUCAAUCAGCAAUAAAAUCAGCAAGCUUAUGGCUAAGAGGUAUCCUUCCUUCUCAUGGACUUGGCCUGAAAAAGUCGCUGGUGGUAAAAGCCUUAGACAGCACUUCAUGAGAAGAGUUACCUUGCAACAAGGGUUAUGGAGGAGGAGGGACAGGUAGAUGCCUCUCUAGCAGGGCCUUUGACUAUGCCUGGAUACAGCCACGUUGAGGGACAAAACAAGCAGCUUAUCAUUGAGCAAUCCCCCUGCAGGUCUGUAGCCUCUAGUCACAAAUAGUACUAUCUGCAGUAAGCAUUCAGUCUGGAGAGAGAAUAUGUUUGAAAUGGCAACAGCCCUUUUACCUUGACCUUAAACAGGGCCACAGGGCUUUUGGAUGCUGCAGGGGGCUGAGGUCAGUGUGUUGUUGCAAGAGAAGGGUUUGGGGCACGAGGAACAGCUACCAGCAGAUUUAGCUGCUGAAGUUCUGCUAGUGUCUGGAAGGAAAAAAAAAAAAAAAAAAGAAAGAAAAAAACCCCAAAUCUUGUGGGAGAUAUUAGAACAGAUCUAACCCGACACAAAGCCUGUCAGCAAAGUCUGGCAAGUAGUGCUUUCAGCUCAGGAAUUUAUUUGUACAAACCAGAAAAACCCUCAGAGCACUCAUUAAUUUAACUGCGACCUGAAGGACAACAUAGCUGUACAUAGUUUUGUUCCAGCAUGUCCAGUACAAAUCAGUCACAGUCACAUAGGUGAUAAUUUUACUGAGAAAUUAUACAGAGCAAUUUAGUAUGCAGGAGGUACUGCCCAGGCUCUGCUUAGUGCAUUGCGUAAUACUCCUACCCAGCCGUUCAGCCAAGCUGCAGUAAUCCACCCUCGGUACAUAGCUACUGGCUAGAUAACAACUGGUACAAAGUGCUGCGCUACUUUGUGAGAGGGGGCUAGGGAGCGUAGGAGGAUGCCUUUUGGGAACAUCCCCAUGGCAAACUCCCAGAAAGACCUGUACAAAUGGCCUUGGUCUUAAUAUGCUGCACAUAGUCCAGCAACAGGAGCGCAACUGGAUGUGCUGUAUUUGACUCUCCAUGCUGGUAAAGCCUGUGCUGCAGGAAUCUGCUUUUGUAGGUCAGCCUGUCGGUACACUAAACAAAACUGGAUAUAGAAGGACAGAAUGAGCAACCAUUCCCAGAGAAAGCAGCCGGCUUUUAGCCUCUAACAACCUCUUAUACUAAUUGAUACUGGCUUUUCUUCGUAUUUGAAGAUGAGAGUGGGGAGAGGGAAUGAACUGAAGUACCCAGUUCCCUCAUUUUCUGCUAAAAUAAUGUUGUUUUGAACAAAUAUUGAGAAUUUCACUGUGAGUCAGCAAAACCACAAGCAAUAUUUGCACUGUCAUAACAUAACUGCUAAAUAGUGUCUUAAUGAUCACAAUUAAGCCGUGUGCUUAUAGCAUGCUCCUCCUGAAUACUGACAAAUAAAGUCCGUCAGCAUUACUAAUGUCAGAGCAGCAGUACAAUUCACUAAGAAUUAAGCAGGUAUUCCUACCUUUAUAAUGAAGGUAGACGAAACUGUUUAUGUGCUUUGCUCAAUAUAGUUUGGAUUGCUGUGGCCAAGGAGUAAGAUAAGAGAGCAAUUAUGAAUGAGCAAGCUCUUGUAAUGCCCUGCUAGAAACAUACAAUUGUUUCCAUUACAACACUGCAGCUGAGUAAGCACUAUAGCAUGACCUCCUCCAACCUGGCUAGUAAUAGUCAUUGUCCCCAGCGAUGCUGCAGAACACUCCCUCCUCACUCAUUUCCUACCGAACACACGUGUACUCAAGGUUUCUCCCUACCCAGAAGACUCGCAUCUACCUGCGUGCUUGGGAAGUGGGGGUGACUUCAGAGCAGCAGCAGUUCACCUCCUUGCUGCAAUCUCUCACCAAGGAAUUAGUCAUGUUCCUCCUCUUCAGUUCUGCAGGACCCUUCUUCUAGAAGGGACUUGAUUCAGUUUUAAAUCAAUCAAAAUAACCAAAGACCUCUGCUAAUCGCACAUUGUCACUGAACCUGACCCUUGAGCCAAGGGAGUGCAGGUUGACAAGCCAGAAUUAACUUAAAACACGUGGAGAUGGAAGGAACAGAGAUGACUGGUUCCUGUCCAGCUCUGUACCCUGCAGACUCAGUGCCAACUGCACUUCCAAGACUGAUAUCACCUGCAGUUUGCCAGAGCCAUGCCAUGCAAGAUCAGCUUGCUCACUCGCUACCCUGGAUGCUCAGGACUUGAGAAUGUUUUAAGAGGAAAAGGGAUCUUCUGAAUGACUAAGGCCAUUUUUCCAAACAGGUUACGUAAAGGCAAACAUGUCUUUGAUUUGGUUAAAUUUGUUAGGAACAAGUUUAGAUCAUUUUGGGAGUUUACAUAAGCAACACCACCUACUGUUUUCUUUCAUAAGCUUAUUAUGGAUGCUUUUUAAGCACUCAAAUCAAUUGCCUUUUCUAAAUACCACAGUGUUUUAUUGACAAGUGAUGGAAAAUGUAGUGUCUCCUCUGCAAACGAUCUACACACAGUGGCUGGUACUGAGUCAAAAAUGAAACUCACCGUAGUACAGUUUUAUGCAGGGUUGAUAACUAAAGUACAGAGUACAACAUAGUAGCUACAGGGCAGGACGCACACUUUGUUCUUGCUAUUCUACUGACUCAAAACCUGUCCUAGGUCACUGGGAUCACGUACCCACUACAGAGCUAGACAGUCCCUUCACAAGAUAAUGGAGAAAAAUUAUUAUUAAAAGAGUUAGUAAAUUGAACCAUCCAUCACUGUUUCUCUUAAACGUCUAUCCUGCUGUCUACACAUGCGCAGAUCAGUCACCCCAAAUCAGCUCCCUCCCCCCUGCCAGCUACCAUGGUUAAUUUGGCAUGUCCUAGUAGCACAAAGCAAGGAGCCCUCAGAAACCUACGGAGAUUAAGCCAUUUACCACCUCACCCAGCAGAGGGGAGGAGGAAAGGAUUACCAGAGAUGCUCCUGGUGUGAUGUAGCUAUACGCCAAUAAUUUUCCUAGGCUGAGCCAAACAGCUGAGGGAGCUCAUACACCAAAACAUAGGUUGUCUCAAAAGAAGGCAGUUCAGCGGAUGAGGCUAAUGUACUAAUGUACCCACAAUCACCUAGCGAAGGAAGGGUACCUCUAAUGAACAGAUUACUUUGGAUCAAGUUAGAUUUGAUGUAUAGAUAAAGAUUUAUAUAUAAAUCAAAUAUAUGCAGAGUUUAUUUCAAAGUACCAAAAUAAAUCCGAGAGCACAGAAGACCACACAUCACUGAGAAGAAUGUUGCAAGGUGAAGUACUUGCCAUGUGAAAAUGAAUCUGUACUUCCGGCCUUUACCUUAAGGGUGUGGUCAAAAAUGCCAUGUCCACCACUAACUGCCCUGUUGCUACACAUCUCAACGUAAACACCAUGUCUCUAGGAGAUAAUCUUUGUAGGUAGUUAAAGGAUCUACAGAUUAAGUCUCCUUUACUCUCCUUUAGGGUGUCUUCUGCUAGCUUCCCAGGACAUGAUUCCUUCUUUUCCAAGCAGCAACAGACCACUCCACCAGAAAGCCAUGAAGAUACUCUCUUCUUCCUUUUACCUCCUGCCUGUUUCCCUUCCAGAUCUCUUACACUUUUCCAGUUGUACUUUCAAAUAAUGUGCCAGUCCUGAAAAGCCAGUGCUGUGAAAAAGUAUGCUAAAAAGUAACUACCAUGGACUCCGCGGCAGGUUGCCUCCUCAUGGGCUGUGCCAGCCUGUGCAACGCUUGCACAGUAAACAGCUGAAAAGUCUUGGCUGUUAUUCAUUGUAGCUCAUCAAGACGUGUCUUCCCAAAACAGCAGCAGUCAGUGCACUCACCUGCAGAACUCCCUUGUCCUUAUCCAUACUGUAAUCCUCAAAGCGUGCUGGGAGACACUGUUCUGGCAAAAUGACAAAGCAAGGCACUAAGCAGAAAUCUUUUCUUCCUCUUUUUUUUUUUUUUAAACAUCUUUUUAUUAGCACAGUAACAAAUGCAGACUGAAGUAGCCCACAACAUACAACCAAUCCACUGAGUGACUCCUAUUCCACGCCUUACAGUUAAACAGCUUAAGGUAUUUCACUACAGGUUACCGUAAGUCCUGAUUAAACCCUUUACUCUUUUCACAAAGAUAGAUUGGCUUAUAAAAUAAUACAUUAACUACUUCUCAUUUCAUAUAUGAGGCCAUAUAUCCACCUCUCCGUAUCACAGAUCAUGAGAUGACAGUCUUUAAAAAGGAUUUGUUAAAUACCAAUCUGCCCUCCCAUAGGGGAAAACAAUCCUGACAUCUUUUUACAAAAAAAACCCAAGAAACCCAACCCAGAAAAAAAUAACCCCCCAAACCAAAAACAAAACAAAAAGCAAAAACAGUGUGUAGAGUCUUGAAAGUACUUUUACAUAAAUGUCAACAUAUGUACCUGUACAAAAUUAAGCUGUUUUAAUCUUUUACAUAUUGCAAGCAAACUGGAAACCAAAGAAGUCUAAGAGGUUUACAUUCUUCUCGGUACUAUAUGUGAGCUAAUAUUGCUGAACUAAUUACAGUCUUAAAAUACGCUAUUCCCAAUCCUAGUUGUCUACUGUAGCAAGAUACCUUAAGUUACAACAACAAAAUCUUAAGAAAUAAAAGACUGAAUAAAAUCUGUUAUAGAAAUACCCUAUUCUUUACCAGCACCCUCCCUCCCCCCACCCCUUCAAAAUCAUAAGCAGCUCUUUCCAUCACAGACGAAUAAUGUAAGAGUUUGACGAAAAUCCGAUUUAUGUAGCGUAUCUUUUGGUCCAUUGUCUGGCCAUUCUGUCAUGCUCUGCUCUGUUAGUCAUAUACUGAGUGGCAAUACUUCCAACCAGGGGGUCAGCUGAAAAGACAACAAACCACUUAUUUCAGACAAGUUACUGAAUAAAAACUUAAAAAUAAAGCCGAAGUGUGAAUUUAAUAUGAUGGAAUCACACAGGUAAGGUACAUUGCAACAGUUUAAGUAUACUGAAUUGAUGGUCUGUAUCUUCACUGAUUCGUGUGUAUUUAUGGUGACAUACUAAUGUAGUACUUAAUAAAGAGCAAAAUGCUAA